UUCCAGUCAAUAUGCCGACUUUAGAAGCGCCAGAAGAGAGGCUGAGAAAAUUCAAGUAUCGCGGCAAAGAUGCAUCUGUGAGGCGGCAGCAGAGGAUAGCAGUCAGCCUGGAGCUCCGAAAGGCCAAGAAGGAUGAGCAGGCCUUGAAAAGGAGGAACAUCACGAGUGUCUCCCCUGACCCUUCUGAACAUCAGAACAAAGGGGUCAGCCUCACCCUGCAAGAAAUAAUCAAUGGUGUGAAUGCCUCAGAUCCAGAACUGUGUUUCCAGGCCACUCAGGCAGCCAGGAAGAUGCUGUCCCAGGAAAAGAACCCUCCUCUGAGGCUGAUGGUUGAAGCCGGGCUCAUUCCCAGGCUAGUGGAGUUCCUGAAGUCAUCGCCGCACCCCUGCUUGCAGUUCGAAGCAGCCUGGGCUCUCACCAACAUCGCUUCAGGGACCUCAGAGCUGACUCGCGCGGUUGUGGAAGGAGGGGCCGUCCAGCCCUUGGUUGAGCUCCUGUCUUCCCCUCAUAUGACUGUGUGUGAACAGGCAGUGUGGGCCCUUGGUAACAUAGCAGGUGAUGGCCCAGAAUUCAGAGACAAUGUUAUCUCCAGCAAUGCCAUCCCAUAUCUGCUGGCCCUGGCUUCAUCAAAUGUACCAGUCACAUUUCUGCGGAACAUCGCGUGGACCCUGUCCAACCUGUGCAGGAACAAGAACCCGUACCCUUGCGAUAACUCAGUGAAGCAAAUGUUGCCUGCCCUCUUCCACCUCCUGCAGCACCAAGACAGUGAGGUUCUCUCGGACACCUGCUGGGCUCUGUCUUACCUCACUGAAGGCUGCGAUGAGCGCAUCGGCCAAGUGGUUGACACUGGCGUCCUGCCCAGGCUGGUGGAGCUCAUGGCCAGCUCGGAACUCAAUGUCCUGACCCCCUCUCUCCGCACUGUGGGGAACAUCGUCACAGGAACGGACCACCAGACCCAGCUGGCCAUUGACGCAGGUGUACUGAGCGUGCUGCCCCAGCUCCUGUUGCACCCCAGGUCCUCCAUUCAGAAGGAGGCAGCCUGGGCCCUGAGCAACGUGGCGGCGGGGCCCUGCCAGCACAUCCAGCAGCUGAUUACUUGCGGUGCCCUGCCUCCCUUGGUGGCUCUGCUAAAAAACGGAGAAUUUAAAGUCCAGAAAGAGGCUGUCUGGACGGUGGCUAACUUCACAACAGGGGGCACUGUGGACCAGCUGAUCCAGCUUGUCCAGUCUGGAGUCUUGGAGCCACUGAUAAAUCUGCUCACCAUCCAAGACACCAAAAUCGUUAUCAUCAUCCUCGACGUCUUCUCUUUUAUCCUCCAGGCAGCAGAGAAGAUUUCUCAGAAGGAACACAUGUGUCUUCUGAUAGAAGGACUUGGUGGGGUUGACAGAAUUGAGGCUUUGCAACUCCACGAGAACUAUCAGGUGGCCCUGACUGCUUCAAACAUUAUUGAGAGACACUUCUGUGAGGAAGAAGAAACUGGCACAACAUUACCGGCCCUGGACCAAGAUCAUGAAUUCUUACAGCACUUAACAAAAACACACCAAAGCUCUGAAACCUCCAAACCAGGGACCAAACCCUAGGAGGCACUUCUCUAAGAACCCCUUUCUCUCAGUGUACCACAGGUGUAAAGCUUUUUAAAAUGAAUGUUAAUAAA